GAGUCGGUCAUCAAGCGAGUCCGACGUCGUGUUCGCGGCUUCGGCGACCGACCGAAAGACAUGGACUGUGCUGGAGCCCUGCAGGAGCUCCUCAAGUGCAAGGAUCUGUACUCGAACAUGGGCGAGGCUUCUACUCGCCGCGACUAUGAUGCUGACAAGCUCAAUGUGUUACGACGUGCGCCACAUGACCGGCCUCGUCAGCUUCGAGACGUCGCCCCUCGGCACGUCACCGAGGCGCUGGACCACUUCAACUCGGACGUCGUUCGGCCCACGCCGAGCAUCCCCGAGGACGAGGUCAUCGUGGAGCCCUACUGGGAUCCUCUCCUCAACCCGCGCGACCCUCGGAACCGACCACGCCUCGUCGACUUCCUUCGACGACUUGCUGCACGGGGCUUGGUGGAUGGCCGGGCGCGUCAGAAGGCGUGCGUCAGUACCUUCUUCGUGGCCAAGAAGAACGGCGACAUCCGCAUGGUCGUGGGCGCUCGUCAGCCCAACCAGCUGCACAAGCUCCCCCCUCGGACUGUGCUGGCACUCGGUGAGGCGCUGGGCUCGAUCAACUUGCUCGACGCCGUCGGUGCGAGCCCCGAGGACUUGGCGGAUUUCGAUGGCUGCUACGAGUCGCUCUGCGCAGGCUCCGUGGACCUCAUGGACGGGUUCUACCAGUUCGCCGACCCCUCGUGGGGAAGCUGGAUGUGCUUCGACGUGGAGGUCACCGCCGACGAGCUCGGGCUCGACUCGAUCUACGACGAGAAGCUCGGGCGGCGCGUGGCUGUGUCAGGCGACGACGUCAUCUGGCCCUGCUUCGCGGCGUUGCCCAUGGGCUGGAGCUGGGCGCCCUGGAUCUGCCACGAGGUUCUCGUCGACGCGAUGGACGAGGCGGGCCUCCCAGGCGACGGCUGGUGCCUUGACAAAGCCCGUGCGCCGACCCUCGUCGGACAGGCUGUCGUCAGGGCGCCGUACGUCGACAACGGGAAUCUUGUCGCGCUCAGCGCGCCGGCUCUCAACGACCGGCUGGACAAGCUCACUGCUGAAUUGGAUCGUCGUGGGCUUCGCUGGCACGAGCUCGAGCGCGCGCAGCCCGGCCUUGUCAUUUUGGGGCUGGUGCUCGACGGGCGCGAGGGCCGACUCAGGCAUACUGCCAAGCGUGCCUGGAGACUCUACCUGGCUCUGCACCACGUGCUUCGGACGCCAUGGCUCGCCCGCUGGCAGCUACGGCGGAUCGUCGGCCACCUGGUCCACUACUUUUCCGUCGUGCGCCCCGGGCUCAGCGUGCUGGGGUCCUGCUACACGUUCAUCGGAGACGGCGACCUGUCCCCUGUCGUGCGCUUGCCUGGAGAUGUUCUCGGUGAGCUCGCAGUGGCUGCAGGCCUCGUCUUCCUCGGCGAGGUGGACCUGUGCCGCGUGCCGUCCGACGUCGCCUUCACGACCGACAGCUCGCUGCGAGGCUACGCCGUCUGUGAAGCCCGACUGGAGCCGCGGGAGGUACUGGCGGCCACCAGAUGGCGCGAGCGCCAGCGGUUCGUUGCCACCGAGCCCGAGGUCGCGCCCGACGACGAGCAUUACGAAGGGCGGGCCGCCGGCUUUUGCGACAUCUCCGGGCCGCUGCCCGUCGAGGUGCCGCCCCGGCUGCGGCACGCCAUGGCGAAGAGGCGCCGGGUCGAGCUGGAGAUCGGAGUCCCGCCCGAGCCGCUGGCGGCCGCUCUGCUGGACGCUGGCCGCUGGGUGGAGCGCCGCCGUGGCGCGUGGCGCCGACCGGGACGUAUCCACGCCCUCGAGGCGCGCGCCGCCGUCGCACCGCUAUGGAGGGCGGCAGGCGACGUCAACUUCCACGGGAAGGAGAUCCUCAGCCUGUGCGACAACAUGUCGUCGGUCCUCGCCUUUGAGAAGGGCAGGGCCACCAAUUUUGAGCUCCUGGCGCAGUGCCGCCGGGCUGCGGCUGUCUGCCUCGGGUGCGAGAUCCGCUGGCGCCCGAGGCACGUGCCAGGCAUGCACAACGUCGCGGACCACGGGAGCCGGGCGGCCGACCGUGGGGAGCUCCUCGCGGGACGCUACCGCGGACGAGGCGCCCUGUCGACGCCCACCAGCGGCUGCCGCCGUACUCCCGUGGUCCCGCCCGCCGCGGGCAGGGCCGAGGCCCCGCCGACCGCGGUCAUCGAGUUUCAGAUCGGACGAGAGCAGCACGCCCCAACGACCGACCCCGACAAGACCAACCUGAGCAUGUUCGAUGCCUCCCUGCUGCACUCGAGCCUCCUGGAGUUCUUCUACGGGGCCCACGUGUACAUCUUGGAACACGCGAAGGUCCUCAACCGGACCCUCCUGAGCGCCCUCGGCCUCCUGAAGUUCUUCAACAGGGCCCACCUGUACACCUUGGGCCACACGAAGAGCCUCAACGGGCACCGGCUAAGCGCCCUCGGCCUCCUGAAGUUCCGCGACGGGGUCCCCUUCGUAAAGUGGGUGCCCGUUGGGGGCACCCGCGAUCCAUUGCCGGCAGACCGCGCGCUCGUGGCGUUCACAGUCCGUGCCUUACGGCUCUGCCGGACCCUCGGGAUCUUCGUCACCUUCGAGAACCCGCCUGCGAGCCGAGUCUGGAAGUGGCCCGCGUUGCAGCGCGAGCUGCAGCGCCUUGCCUGGCCGAAGGUGCUGUUUGACUCGUGCAGGUUUGGCGCGCCCUUCAAGAAGCCAG